AGAUGUCUCCGCCCCCACUGCCAUGGAGACCAGCUUGGAAGCUUAGGGAGCUGCUGUGGCCCAGGGCUCAGUGGGGAGGACUAGGAGGCCAGGAGUCUUGGACUAGCUGCAGGGUUUGAACUAGGCUGAAGCAGCAGAACCACAGAGGUGGCUGAGUAGGGGUCUGGCCCUGGGGCCACCCAGCCACACUCACACACCCACUUCUCCCUCCAGAGCGCUGCCCUGAAGCAGGUCUCUGCUCCAGGCCUUUCCUUAGUUGGGGAAUCGGGAGUUGGGGGAUCAAAGUCCCCCACAUCUCCCUCCCCCGCUGCAGCUAUGUUUAUCAAGGUGAUGUUUGGGGCCGGCUGCUCCGUGCUGGUGAACACCUCUUGCAGGCUGGUGAACCUCACCGCCCACCUGAGGCAGAAAGCAGGGUUGCCCCCAGAUGCGACCAUUGCUCUCCUGGCUGAGGACGGCAACCUAGUGAGCCUGGAGGAGGACCUGAAGGAAGGGGCUGCACGGACCCAAACCAUGGGCAACUCCCUGCUGAAGGAGCGAGCCAUAUAUGUCCUCGUUCGAACCAUCAAGGGAGAGGACAUGGUCCCCACCCGCUAUGAGUCCCUACUGGAGAACCUGGAUGACCAUUACCCAGAGCUGGCAGAGGAACUACGCAGGCUGUCAGGCCUCUCCUCUGCGGGCCACAACUGGAGGAAGCGCAUGGGCACCCGGCGUGGCCGCCAUGAGCAAAGCCCCACUUCAAGGCCCAGAAAGGUGAGCUCCCUGCCACCCAGGAGUUGCUAGCUGGGACCGGGAGCCAGGUACGGAGGAGAUAUGGACACCCAUGCAGACACCCAGAGUGGGACCCCUUCCUGUGGGAGGGACACAUACGAUGAGAGGCAGACCCUCAACAGCAACUCCACGCACCUAUACCCCCAGACGGAACACACUGUACCCUGAGACAGGUCCCUACCACCCCACUGGAAUGCCAGCUCACUAAGGGCUGGAAUGUCCUCAGGCUUCACAGAUGUGGCAUAGGGGCUGGCACACAGUAGGAGCUCAGUGCACAACUGCUGGACGAACUCAACGAAGGCGGCAGCAUGGUGUGUGAUGGCACGGCCCACACUGGGUUCGAAGGGCUUGUUCUUCCAUUCUGGCAGGCCCGGGGACCUGGCACACUACUGCCAACUAGCCAAGUUGGACUCAGACCCAAGGCGGUUAGCCAUGACCUCUGCCUUGUGUGAUCAGGUGCAAACAGACAGCAACCCAGUACGACUCCUCUUGCAGAAUCUGGAAUUGCUGAGAAGUUGUAUCAGCAAGAGGGGCAAGGUCAGACAGGAUUUAAGGCUGCUGGGGGCACCUAAGCUGUGGGUGCAGAGAAUGGGAUGCGGAGGCAGAGACAAGAAGGGUAGAGGUGGCAGGUAUCCCUGAGAAGGGGGAGAACCAUGAGUUCAUCCUGGCAUUCCACCCUCAGAGUCAGAUGCCCUUGGGAUCACCUACUAAUGCCUCUCUACCACACUCUGGACUGCCCAAGGUAUCUGUCCUGUGCUAACCACAGUGCAGAUUGCAACAGGGUUCCUCCUCCCCACCCAGGGCCCUGAUUAAGGUGAUGGAUUGCACACUGUAGUGAGACAUCCAUCCUGACCCCACCUCAUCAGCCAGGGAGCUCCCUGAAGACAGGCCAUCGAGAGAGGCACACAACAGGCUAUGGUCUAAAAUAAACUUUUAAUUGCA